GUUGCAAAACAAGGCACAACAACUGAGGAAGAAGAUAAAAGAAGAGAAAGCAAGAGUGUGAAGUCAAACCCUUGUCUCCCUCGACCCUCCCUUGCCUUUUCCCGCCCAGUCGUUGUUUCCCAACCCAGGGCCUUCCUCCUCCCACUCCCUCCCCAAGCACGGCUUCUCUACACGGGUUUGGCUGGCAUUCCCACGUACACGUGAACCACCAUGGCAGGAAAACCUCGGGGGUUUUGGCAGGAGGCAUCCCAACAGAUUGUGGCCGGUGGCUCUGCUGGUCUUGUAGAAAUUUGCCUGAUGCAUCCCCUCGAUGUGGUGAAAACCAGGUUCCAGAUUCAAAGAGGAAAAACUGAUCCAUCAAAUUACAAGAGCCUGAGGCACUGUUUUAAGACCAUAUUCCAGACAGAAGGAUUAUUUGGUUUCUAUAAAGGUAUACUCCCUCCAAUCUUGGCUGAAACACCGAAAAGGGCAGUAAAGUUUUUCACCUUUGAACAAUACAAGAAAUUACUAGGAAAUGUUUCAUUAUCACCAGCAUUGACAUUUGCAGUUGCUGGUUUGGGAUCUGGACUAACAGAAGCAGUUGUGGUUAACCCUUUUGAAGUAGUCAAGGUUAGCCUGCAGGCAAAUCGGGAUGCUUUCACAGAGCAACCAUCCACCUUCGCCAAAGCUCGGCAGAUUAUUCAGACCCAUGGCUUGGGUCUCAAUGGGCUCAACAAAGGGUUACCUGCAACCCUGGGACGGCAUGGAGUGUUUAAUAUGGUUUAUUUUGGAUUCUACUUCAAUGUGAAAAACAUAAUUCCUGUCAACAAGGAUCCAACUUUGGAGUUCCUAAGAAAAUUUGGGAUCGGCCUCGUCUCAGGAACAAUAGCAUCCAUUAUUAACAUCCCUUUUGAUGUUGCAAAAAGUAGGAUUCAAGGACCACAGCCAGUUCCUGGAGAGAUCAAGUACAGAACCUGCUUUAAAACUAUGGCAAUGGUCUAUAAAGAAGAAGGAUUUUUAGCUCUGUACAAAGGAUUGGUUCCUAAGAUCAUGAGGCUUGGCCCAGGUGGUGCAGUGAUGCUUCUGGUUUAUGAGUAUGCUUAUGGGUGGCUUCAAGAAAACUGGUGAUCAAAAAUAUGACUUUCAAAACAAGCAUGCAUAACUGUGCCCUCCAGCUGUUUCUUGGAUUGCAACUUUGAUCAGCCCUAGCUGCCAUAGCCUGUGGUGAAGGCUAAUGGAAGCAGAAGUCCCCAAAACAUCUGGAAGGCCACAGUAGCCCAUUUCAGACUUCAAACAAUGUAUAUUAAGCUACGUUUCAGUAUUAAACUGGAAGCAAAUAUAACACAGGGUGUAUCCACACUAACACAAUUAAAGCAGUAUGAUACCACUAACUGCCAUGACUCUAUCCUAAAGAAUCCUAGGAUUUUUAGUUUGGUGAGGUAUUCAGCCUGGUCCCUUAGAGAGCUCUGGUGCUACACCAAACUACAAAACCCAGGGUUCUGUAGAAUAGUCAUAGCAGUUAAAAUGAUAUCAAACUGAUUUAAUUCUGCAGUGUGGACACACCUAAAGUGUGUCUAUUGAUGCAGGUAUGUAGUGCAGAAUGAUUUUUUCUUCACCUAUCAUGGCAGUUAAUAAAAAGUAAUGUCGUAGAUUUUUGUGGGUUUUUCGGGCUAUCUUCAGAUGCCAACCACAGAUGCUGAUGAAACAACCAGGAAAAAAUUCUUCUUGAACAUUGCCACAUAGCCCAAAAAACCCACAAAAAACUAUGGAUGCCGGCCAUGAAAGCCUUCAACUUCACAUUGAUGUCACAGAACUCUUUGCUAGAAUGAAUCCUAAGAUUAUAUUCCAGUCACAGAGACAAAUACACAUUCCAUUUCACCAGACAAAGGCUGCAGAAAUAAUAUGUGGGCCAAGCUCCUGCAUUAGAGGCUGCAGUAUAUAACUUUAAGAUGAUGGAGCUACAUCACUGACUAGUACACAACUAUGCUAGUAAAUUGUUAUGAUGCACAACAGGGCACCAUGCAGGCUGUGCUUGUGCAUAACAAGGGCUCAAGUUGUGCAUCAGGACACAUGGUGCUUUGGGAUAUAUUACACAUCAAGGCAUGUUGUCCAAUGGGAGACAUGCUGUGCAUUGGAACACAUUGUGGAUCAGAACAUGUAGAGUGUUGGGACCAUUGUACAACAGCCACACUGCUGGCUCUGCUUGCAUAAUGAUAACAGUGACAUAGUUGUGUCUUCACUCCCUUCCUGUGAAUAUGAACAUUAUGCAAUGGUGCAAUUCAGCUUUAAACUUAAGCUAGUUUAUGAUGAUGUUACUUCCCAACAGGAUGCCAGCCAUGUUUGGCAGCAUAAUUGAUUAAGUAAAGUAUAAACUGAAUAAUCAUAUGUCUUUCAUUAACUGAUCAACUGACUGAUUAUCAACUGAUAUUAGAUAAAUUUAUAUAAUGCUACUGUUGAGAACCAUCUUGCAGUACUGAAGAAAAUGUAAGAAUUUACAAUUUAAUAAACAAAAGCUG